AUGAUGAGUCCAAGAGUGUUUCUGGUGAUUGCAGCAGUACCUCGAGCAGGUCGGAAUCAAACCACAAGCGACACAAUAUAAGUCUGCUAACUCGUCGAUACCGUCUACAGGUACUUCGACACGGGCGCAAUGACCCGUAAUAAACUUGAAUUGUCUCGUGAUAUGCAGAGACACCUGCAUGAAAAACCCACAUCUUAUGUUAAGGACAAGGAGAUUCAAGAGUCGGUGCUCGAGACAAAUCCAAUACCUGAGGUGAAAUGCCUUAAGAGCCUUAAGGUUGAUAAUUACCUGGACGAAAUAUUCGAGCUACUGGGCAAGUCCUACGGCCGUGAAAGUGACGGCAAAUUGUCAAAAUCACAAACCCGCAUAAACAAUGUUAUGGGUCCACUGGGGAGAUUCUGGUUAAAGCUGGAAAAUGUACGUACUGGUGACUCUGACGAUGAGGCAGGCCAACGUGAGUUUAACUUAUGCUCGCCGGUUGGGCAUAUUAGGUCGUCUCACAGAUGA